AGAAACCUUACAACACCACUGCUGACGUGUAGCUUCUACACCCCUCCACGUCAUCACAAUCUCACACGUGGCACCACCAAGCCACCCCACAAAACUAAAAUACACCACACUCUUCCAGCUCUUCAGUCUUCACCUAUAUCUUACUCAGAAUUUUUAUUAUAGUUGUUGUUUUUGAAGAUGGGAUUUCUUGAUUAUGUAUCAGAUUUCUAUGACUGGUGUUGUGGUAGUUAUUAUAAUCACAGGAAAAAGCUCAAAAAACGCAAAGAACUACAGAAAGUUGAGAUAAAAGUGAAAAUGGAUUGCGAAGGGUGCGAGAGAAGAGUGAAGAAAUCGGUUCAAGGCAUGAAAGGAGUGACGGAAGUUGAGGUGGACCCCAAACAGAGCAAGCUGACAGUGAUUGGUUACGUGGACCCUGAUAAAGUGUUGACACGUGUCAGACAUCGAACGGGUAAGAAGGCUGAGUUAUGGCCGUACGUUCCUUACGACGUCGUUCCGCAUCCGUACGCACCGGGUGCUUACGAUAAGAAGGCUCCGCCUGGUUAUGUACGGAACGUGUUGGUUGAACCGGAAAUGGCUCCUCUCGCACGUGCCAACUCUUUUGAGGUUAAAUAUACAACUGCCUUUAGCGAUGAAAAUCCCAAUGCUUGUGUUGUAAUGUAAAAAGAAUAAUUUGUAAUAUAAAUAUUUAAGUUUUUAGUAUUAUAAAUAUUUGUAAUAAUUUUAAUU